UCAUUUUUGCAGUAAUCAGCCAAAAUGACGAACACAAAGGGCAAGAGGAGGGGGACACGUUAUAUGUUCUCAAGACCGUUUCGCAAACAUGGAGUCGUUCCUCUGGCUACCUAUAUGCGCAUCUACAAGAAGGGUGAUAUAGUUGAUAUCAAGGGUAUGGGUACUGUUCAAAAAGGCAUGCCCCACAAGUGUUACCAUGGCAAGACUGGAAGGGUAUAUAAUGUUACUCAGCACGCUGUGGGCAUUAUUGUUAACAAGCAGGUUAAGGGCAAGAUUCUUGCCAAAAGAAUUAAUGUGCGUAUUGAGCAUAUUAAACAUUCCAAGAGCAGAGACAGCUUUCUGCAGCGUGUGAAGGAGAAUGAAAAGAAGAAAAAAGAAGCAAAAGAAAAAGGCAUUUGGGUUCAACUGAAACGUCAGCCUGCUCCACCAAGGGAAGCACACUUUGUGAGAACUAAUGGCAAGGAACCAGAGCUGCUGGAGCCAAUUCCUUAUGAAUUCAUGGCGUAAUGCACGUUUAAAAAAAAAAAUAAACUGAAGAUCUGGUUUUGGACAAUUG